GGCGCUGCCGGGUUGGGUGGCCGGGUGGGAACGGAGGCGCUCGGGUGCGGGCCCGCACAUCCGCCCUCGGCCGACUGUUGAGCCGAGGCAUGGAGGUGGGCUAGCGGCCGAAGCGAGGCCGAGCGGGGUGAGGAGAGCGCGGCGGGCUCGAGGCUGUGGGCCCGGCGGGCGUGAGAAAUGUUCUUUUGGGUCCAGAGUCUGGGUACACAUGAGUGCAAAUCCUCACCCAUUCACAAAUAAGCCUAGGAAUCUCCACCGAGAGGAUCACUUCUCUGUAGACCGUUAGCCCAGGGGCAGAAUGAGCACAUGUUGUUGGUGUACGCCCGGUGGUAUUUCCACCGCUGACUUCCUCAAGCGCUAUGCGUCCAGGACCCACGCCGGGGAAUUUCAGACAGCCGACGAAGACCUCUGCUACUGCCUGGAGUGUGUGGCCGAGUACCACAAAGCACGCGACGACCUGCCCUUCCUGCAUGAGGUUUUGUGGGAAUUAGAAACCUUACGUCUCAUAAAUCAUUUUGAAAAAUCCAUGAAGGCAGAAAUUGGAGACGAUGAUGAAUUGUACAUAGUAGACAACAAUGGAGAGGCACAGCUGUUUGACUUCACUGGCCAAGACUUUGAAAAUAAGCUUCGAGUUCCUCUUCUUGAAAUCCUGAAGUAUCCGUAUUUGCUUUUACACGAGCGUGUUAACGAAUUAUGUGUUGAAGCACUUUGUCGGAUGGAACAAGCUAAUUGCUCCUUUCAGGUUUUUGACAAACAUCCAGGCAUUUAUUUGUUUCUGGUCCAUCCCAAUGAAAUGGUUCGGCGUUGGGCUAUCCUGACCGCAAGGAACUUGGGAAAAGUGGACAGAGAUGAUUAUUAUGAUCUGCAGGAGGUUUUGACUUGUCUUUUUAAAGUCAUUGAGUUGGGGCUUCUGGAAGAUCCAGACAUCUACACUUCUUCUGUCCUCGAGAAGGGUAAACUGAUUCUUCUGCCUUCGCACAUGUACGAUACCACCAACUACAAGAACUAUUGGCUAGGUAUUUGCAUGUUGCUGACCAUUCUUGAGGAGCAGGCUAUGGACUCCCUGUUGCUGGGCUCAGACAAACAGAAUGAUUUCAUGCAAUCAAUACUUCACACCAUGGAGAGGCAAGCAGAUGAUGGUAGCGUGGAUCCUUUCUGGCCAGCAUUACACUGUUUCAUGGUGAUUCUGGAUCGCCUCGGAUCAAAGGUCUGGGGUCAACGCAUCGAUCCUAUUGAGGCGUUUCAGACCAUUAUCAAUAACAUGAGCUACAAUAGAGAGAUCCAAAAUAUACGGAACAGCUCUGUAAGGACCAAGUCGGAACCGGAGUCGUAUUUGGAUGAUAUGGUGACUUGUAGCCAGAUCGUGUACAAUUACAACCCUGAAAAGACCAAAAAGGAUUCCGGGUGGAGAUCAGCCAUUUGCCCAGAUUACUGUCCUAACAUGUACGAAGAGAUGGAAACGUUAGCCAGUGUGCUUCAGUCAGAUAUUGGUCAAGACAUGCGUGUUCACAAUAGCACGUUUCUGUGGUUCAUCCCCUUUGUUCAGUCCCUCAUGGAUCUUAAGGAUUUGGGUGUGGCUUACAUAGUAGAGGUGAUUCACCAUCUGCACUCUGAAGUCAAAGAUGUCCUCAACCAAACAGAUGCUGUGUGUGACAAAGUUACUGAGUUUUUCCUUCUGAUUUUGGUGUCCGUGAUUGAACUGCACAGAAAUAAAAAAUGUUUGCACUUGCUGUGGGUUAGUUCCCAGCAGUGGGUGGAGGCUGUUGUAAAAUGCGCCAAGCUUCCCACCACUGCGUUUGCACGGAGUUCUGAGAAGUCAUCUGGAAAUUGCUCCAAAGGAGCAGCAGUGAUAUCGUCUCUGUCACUGCAUUCGAUGCCGUCGAAUUCUGUCCAGCUGGCUUGUGUGCAGCUGAUCAGAAGUCUCCUUAAAGAAGGGUAUCAGCUUGGGCAGCAGACUCUGUGCAAGCGAUUCUGGGACAAGCUCAACUUAUUUCUGCGUGGGAAUUUAUCUCUAGGUUGGCAGUUGACUACUCAGGAAACCCAUGAGUUACAAACUUGUUUAAAGCAAAUUAUUAGAAACAUAAAAUUCAAAGUACCUCAGUGUAGCACUUUUGUGGAUCUGACUCCCGUAUGUAAAACCCCUCCUGUGUCUUACAGUAAAGAAGAAAGUGAACAGACAGGGAAGAAAUCUAAAAAAGGCCUGCACUGUCUGGAAAACUCCAGCCCAACAUUUUCUAAAGGACCAAUGAAAGCUGAGGCAUUUCAGAUGCCAGAGAAUAGAUUGGUCAAAGCCAGUAACGCUAGCGAAGAGGAUAGUGAGCACAGUUACAUAAAAGAUUUGAAACUAGAAGGCCGUCUCUCAGCAGAGUCAUGCAUAAAGCAGGGUAGCAAAAGGCUUGUCCCGGAAAGAGCUCAAGAUGCAGUCAGAACAAGUAAAGGGAAGCAGAAGUCUGUCAAGGAGAAUCCUGCGGAUUCCAGAAAUGGUCCGGAAAGGGGAUGUGACAGAGGGGUGAUACCAGCCGCACGUUCGUUGACUGAUUCUGGCACCGACUCCCUGGAGAAGGCGUCCACAUCAACUGAGGAUUUCUCUUUCAAGGAUGAUGUUCUUGGCAAAACCUCAAAAGGAAAAACUAAGGGACAGAAAGCUGAAAUCUGUGCUAAGUUAUCACAUGUACUAAAGAAGCAACACAGGAAAAGUACUUUGAUCGAUGAUGGCAAUUUAGAGGAAAAACUGACUGUGUCUACCAUUGACAGUUUCUUUUCAAGGAAAGAUUCAGGAGGUCAGAAAGGGGAUGGCUUCAUAAACCCUCUCUCUUUAGACCCUGAUGACGUUCCCGAUGAUAAAAACGGGGAGCGAAAAUCUCAAAACAGUUUAUUGCUGAAGAAGAAACAAUUCAAGGGCAAAGAGUUAGAUAUUUUCUCUUCCCAUGAAAAUAGCUGUCAAAUACAGGAAUGCCAAGCAGAUGGUAAAGAUUUGGUCUCGUUUACAGAAAUGACCGAUACUUGUGUGAAGAAAACCUCUCCCUUCAAAGACCCCGUGACUCUUCUUGAAUCGAGAGAUAAGGAAGUUGGCAAGAGUACCACCAGUCAGGUGUCUUCUCACUUGAGGGAACAGGUUCCUAGCCUCAGUCCACAGUCCAGCACCUUGACAGAUUCCCAGAUAGACCGAGACCUCCACAACUUAUCUUUGAUAGCCCAAGCCAGUGUUAUUAAGUUUCCAUCAGAGUCAACUCAAAAAAGCUCAUCCCAGCUACAAAGAAAAGUAAAAGAUAAAAGAUGUUUCACAGCUAACCCGAAUAAUGCUGGAGAAGCCUGCCGGGGCCAGGUGAUCAUUAUUUCAGAUUCUGAUGAUGAUGAUGGUGAUGAAGGGAUUCUGGGUUUUGAGAAACACAUUAAACGAGAUAAAAUAGGCAUCAAGAAAGAAUAUCCAGAGGAGCAUACUUCAGUAGCUAGUACAAAUGUGGAACAGAAGCUAAUAAAGGAAGAAGAGGCAAAGUCCCUAUUGGAGUUUGAGGAAUCGGAUUCUCAGUUUUUUGAGUUUGAAAGUCCACAUGAGGUGUUUUCAGUUUGGCAAGAUCAGGAACCAGACAACAAGAAUUCAGUUCAAGAGGAUGAAAACAAUUCACGUCUGACUCACAUAAACGAUGUCACGAAUGAUUGGGGUUACGAUACAGAUUAUGUAUCUGAAGAGGUUAUUAAGAAAGUAGCAGAGGGCUUUGAAAAACACACAGAACCACAGAGUGGUAGUUCUGUCGGGGAAUUUUGUGAAACUGAAGUGAAAAGACGUAAGAGAAAACGAUACGGAAAACCUGUAGCUGAAGAUCCUCUGAGGCCUUCACCUUCUGAGAGAAAUGAGGACCAGUCUGAUAAUGAGAGAGGUCUGACUGAAAAUGAUCUUAAAAGUAUAGAGCUGAGGUCAAGUUCCAGGUCGAAUCUUCAAAGAGGCACUACAGAUUCACUAAAGAAGUCUUCUCCAAAGCUUCGUACUUACUCCAAACCCGUUAGGAGAGUCCCGCAUUCUAAAACUAAGAAAACACAUUCAGAUACCAAAAAAGGGCAGAAUAAAAGUUCGAGUUACAUAAGUUGUAGGACGACUCCUGCUAUAGUCCCACCAAAGAUACUUCGCCAGUGCCCUGAACCAACUUCAACUGUUGAAAAACUUGGUCUGAAAAAGGCCCCUCGUAGGGCGUUCGAUUUAUCUCAGCGAUCUCUAGGGUAUUUAGUUCAGUUACGGGACCAUGGCAAAACCGUGGGAGUGGUUGAUACCAGAAAAAAGACUAAAUUAAUUUCUCCUCAGACUCUCUCUGUCAGAAAUAAUAAGAAACUGUUGACAAGUCAAGAUCUUCAGUCGCGAAGGCAGGCGAAACACAAAUCAAAGCAGAAGAGGCAAGGCUCUCUGGGUUCUGAAAGCAGAGCUCCUACAAGAGCAGGGCUGCGUUCAGCACAGAAUCCUGACACUCUCGUCCCAGAAUCCGAUAGCUCAGAUUGUCGUGCUAAAGGAGGCGCCGAGGUGGGUGCUAACGAUACUGGAAAGCCAUCAAUAAAACGCGCGUCUUCUGAACCAGAACCCGUGAAAACGAAACGUGUUUCUCGGGUGGCUGAUGAUCCUUGCCUUUCGAACCAGUGUGCUUCUGUUGUGUUAAAUGGAAGAAAAGCAACACAUGAAGCCGUUGUCUCUACGUCAGCUGACCCUUUAGGUGGAGGCGACCUAACAGAACAUCGUUUAGAGUUGACCGCUCUGAAAGAGGGAGAGCCCAGAUCCAACAGUGACUCGGAAGAUGAGAAUAUAUUUCUAACCCAGCACGAUCCCGCUGAUAUGGAUUUAUGUUCACAAAUGGAAAAUGGUAACGAGAAACUCAUUGAAAUAGUUCAUGGAAAAGAUACAGCUCUGAUGGAAGAAGAAUCUUGGAGCAGCACAAAAUGUAAGUACAAGGAUUGUGUCGAAGCCGCGCAAAACCAGGGUGAAUACUGCUCCAAACACUGCGAAGCUAAAGCAGUGGAUGAAGAUGUGUUUCGUAAACCGGGCUUGCCCCCCUCUGCGUCCAAGAGACCCUCCACUGCCAAGGUCUUUAGCUCAAGUAGUACUUCACGAAUUGCUAAUCUUUCGAAGUCUUUGGAAAGUACCUCCGCACCGCCACCGGCUCUCAAACAGAAGUCAAACGGGGUGCCAGCUGUUUUGAAAGUCCCACAGCCAGCCUCUGUGUUGUCUCCAAAGCCAGUGGGUGAGGUGAAGAGUUUGUCUGAUGUUCUCCGUCCUCAGACUCUGAAUAAUUCCAACAGGCAAGGUUACAAGCUUACCUUUGGCGAAAGCAGAUCUUUUUCGGCUUCCUCUGCGGUAAACGUUCUCUUGUCCUCACAGUCUAUCUCAGACACCUUUGUUAAGGAGGUCUUAAAGUGGAAGUACGAAAUGUUUGUGAACUUUGAUCAGUGUGGGCCCCCCACCAGCCUUUGUCAGUCCAUCUCAAGACCGGUGCCUGUCAGAUUUCAAGAUUGUGGAGAUUAUUUCAAUGUUUUUUUCCCUUUGAUGAUACUGAAUACUUUUGAAACGGUGGCACAGGAGUGGAUCAGCUCUCCAAACAAAGAGAAGUUCUAUCAGUUGCAUGUACGGAAAUUUCCUGCUGAUUAUAAAAAGUACUGGGAGUUUGUGGUUCAUCUUGAGGAAUGUGAACUAACUAAACAGCUGCAUCCAAAGGAAAAUGAUUUGGUGUUUUUGGUUCUUGAAAAACAAAAUGGAGAGAAGAAGAACACAGAGAGAAAUCGCAUGCCGGAUCUCCACGAAUAUCACUGCGGUUAUGUUCAUAAAUUUCGCCGCACUUCAGUCAUGCGUAAUGGGAAAUCUGAGUGUUCCCUUUCCAUCCAGACUCAAGAUAAUUUGCCACUCAGUUUAAAUGAGCUCGUGAAAUGCACUGUAAUCAGUUCUCUGGUAACUACACAAAGGAAGUUGAAAGCCAUGUCUUUGUUGAGUGGACGGAACCAACUAGCCAGAGCUGUUCUGAACCCAAACCCCAUGGACUUCUGUACGAAAGAUUUACUGACUACGACGUCUGAGAGAAUCAUCGCCUACUUGAAAGAUUUCAACGAAGACCAAAAGAAAGCGAUAGAAACUGCAUACGCCAUGGUCAAACACUCCCCAUCAGUUGCCAAGAUCUGUUUGAUUCAUGGACCACCUGGAACAGGAAAAUCAAAAACUAUCGUUGGCCUCCUGUACCGCCUGCUGACAGAGAACCAGAGGAAGGGGCGUUCAGAUGAAAACUCCAAUGCCAAAAUCAAACAAAACCGUGUCCUUGUGUGUGCGCCUUCCAACGCGGCUGUUGAUGAACUUAUGAAAAAAAUCAUCCUCGAAUUUAAAGAGAAGUGUAAAGACAAGAAGAAUCCUUUGGGAAACUGUGGAGAUAUAAAUUUAGUACGUCUGGGUCCAGAAAAGUCUAUUAAUAAUGAGGUCCUAAGAUUUAGUUUGGACAGCCAAGUUAACCACAGAAUGAAAAAAGACUUACCUUCUCAUGUUCAGGAGAUGCAUAGAAGAAAGGAAUUUCUGGAUCAUCAGCUAGAUGAACUUUCCCGCCAGCGUGCUUUAUGCCGAGGUGGAAAGGAAACACAGAGGCAAGAAUUAGAUGAAAAAAUUGCAAAAGUUUCAAAAGAGAGGCAGGAACUAGCUUCUAAAAUUAAAGAGGUUCAAGGACGCCCACAAAAAACACAGAGCAUCAUCAUCUUAGAGUCCCACGUCAUCUGCUGCACACUGAGCACGAGUGGCGGUUUACUGCUCGAGUCUGCUUUUCGUGGGCAAGGGGGUGUCCCCUUCAGUUGUGUCAUCGUCGAUGAGGCUGGGCAGUCUUGUGAAGUGGAGACUCUUACCCCGCUCAUCCAUCGAUGUAACAAGCUGAUCCUCGUCGGAGACCCAAAACAGCUCCCUCCCACGGUCAUUUCCAUGAAAGCGCAGGAGUAUGGCUAUGACCAGUCAAUGAUGGCUCGCUUCUGCAAGCUGCUGGAAGACAGCGUAGAGCACAAUGUGAUCGGCAGGCUGCCUGUUUUACAGCUUACUGUUCAGUACAGGAUGCACCCAGACAUAUGUCUCUUCCCCUCUAAUUACGUUUAUAACAGAAGCUUGAAAACAAAUAGACUGACUGAAACCAAUCGGUGUUCAUCAGACUGGCCGUUUCAACCUUACCUCGUGUUUGAUGUCGGAGACGGUUCAGAAAGACGGGAUAAUGACUCAUAUAUAAAUGUUCAAGAAAUAAAACUGGUAAUGGAAAUAAUUAAACUUAUUAAAGACAAAAGAAGGGAUGUUACUUUCCGGAACAUUGGCAUAAUAACCCAUUACAAGGCUCAGAAGACGAUGAUUCAGAAGGAUUUGGACAAAGAGUUUGAUAGAAAAGGGCCGGCAGAAGUAGAUACCGUGGACGCGUUCCAGGGCCGCCAGAAAGAUUGUGUUAUCGUCACGUGUGUCAGAGCAAAUGCCAUGCAAGGCUCCAUUGGAUUUCUGGCAAGUUUGCAAAGAUUGAAUGUCACCAUUACACGAGCCAAGUACAGCCUCUUCAUCCUCGGACAUUUAAGGACCUUGAUGGAAAAUCAGCACUGGAAUCACCUGAUUCAGGACGCACAGAAGCGGGGUGCCAUUGUCAAGACGUGCGACAAAAACUACAGGCACGACGCAGCCAAGAUUCUGAAACUCAAGCCCGUCCUGCAGAGAAGUCUGACUCACCCGCCCACCGUGGCCCCGGAGGUGGCCAGACCCCAGGGUGGCUUGCCCGGCAGCAAGCCAGACGGUGAAUUUGCCAAGACGUCUUUCCCUUCCUCCCUGUAUCACGUGCCUUCUGGCUGUAAGGAAUCCACUGGUGCUGUUACCACCAAGGACCCUGAAAGACCUCCUAUUCAGGACCGGCUUCGGGACCCACGACUGCUUAGGAGGCUGGGCAUAGACCCCGAAGCCAAAGGGACAUGCCCGAGGGAUCCGCAGCCCCUGAGCCCCCAGCAUCCUGGGGCCACGCCUCCCUCGGGGGAGCCAGGCUUCCCUCUGAGUCACCAGGACCUGGGUGGUGCCCAGCUGUCCACCGCCAGAGGGACCACGCUGAGCAACCAGAACCCUCCCGUGCAGUGGGAGCCUCCAGCUGCCGGUACGGAUGUCGCCGCGAGUAAAAGAGCAUGUGACUGGGAAGGAGGGCUCAGCCGCAGGAGAGAGACCAGGGCUUUCAGCGAAGGGGACCGGGAGACGCAGAGCCCUGAGAACCGUCACCCGAAGAGGCGCUCCGGCUGGGACAACAGGAGACUGGAGGAGGAAGACCGUGGUUCCAAGAGAAGAAAGUUUUUAUAGUAAAGCCAAGUGACAGAGAUGGUCAGCCCCAGCAUCAUCGCAGACUUAAGAUGACCACCAAUGGGACUGUCCAGAUCCGAUUAUUUUUGUCCUUAAAGGCGUUUGCGUGCUGUUGGAAAACACGGCAAACGUAUCCUAACACCUGAACCUCUCGGUGUCUUCGGUAUCUUUUGUCAGCCGCAAAAGCUGUCGAGGGCGUUUGUGUGUCCGUUAUAUUGUCCUUGAAGACUUCAAAUGUUGAUCUCUUGUUGUUGUAUAGUGAGGGAGACUGGAGUGGAUGGUGUAAAAGUUGAAGUGUACAUUUGUAUAGCAAAUAACAAAAUCCUUUUACAAUGUAAUCUAGUAGACCGUUUUUCUUUCCCCUGCUUAAAAUGUUGCUCAUUUCCAACAGAACAAACUUUAUAGCUAAAAAAAAUAAAAAGGGGCAGGAGGAGGAGGGGGACAGGCCCUUUCAAACAUUGUUAUGGCAAGACAGACCUCUUCAGCCCGGGUAGUCUGCAGUAAGCUCAGUUAAUGCUGGUGGGUCAGAUGUCUCUAGUUCUAUUUAAAAAAACAAGUGGAGUCUCCUGGGGGAACCUUCAGGAAGCAGAGCUACGUUAGGUGAAGUUCUGCUGAUGUUGGGUGUUUUUAGAUGAGGCUCCUUGGCACAGAAUAUUACGUUUCUCUGAUGAGUUCGUCUACCUAUUUCAGGGAGCACAUGGGUUUCGAGCUUAGAUUCGGAUUUCCCCUUGAGAUAGAAGAAUACGAAAUGAAAGAAUCAUUCUUGAGAUACCAUUCAGAUGCUCCCCAGCGUAUUGUGAGCAUCCCGGAACCGGCGGGUUACAAGUCCAGUGGUCGUCAGGUGCCGGAUCAGUGCAGGGGGGGACCCUGGAAGAGCCACCGAGGCUUGGGUGUGAAAGCUUGCCGGUUGCUGGGAGAAUCCGACCAGUUUGUUUUGGGGGGAGCGUGAGGAACUGCCUGUUACUCCCCCCCCCCCCCCCAGGGGAUUCUGGUCACUAACCGGGCAGCCUGGGACCCGAGAGGGCAAGCCAGAUAGAAUAUUGUGGGCAGGAAAUCCCUCUCUUUGAAAAGAGAAGGAGAAGAGUGCAGACGUGUGAGGUUGAGACCCAGGAAGAGAGCGGACAGCUUUCCUGUGAGCUCUGGGGCCCGCGUUACCUGCUGCCAGUACGUCAGUGCGGCAGGAUCAUUGGAUCGGAGGGGAUGGUGCUGUUGUGGGGGGUGCCAUGGCGAGCGGACGUUUGUCUGGACAAGGGAGGCCUGUCUGACCGCAGGGUCAGACGUGAGGGUGCACGGUAGCGGGUGACGCUCGUCAGAACCCGUGGUUUGUAGCGACUGCUAGGCAGCCCGUUAGCUACUUUGGGGAGGAGACCAGACCCCUGGAGAUCCACGUGCACCGUUUAAAAUGCUGUCCUCUGCUUUUUAAACCAAGGGGGCUUUGUGUCAGAACUUCUACUGAAACUGGUUGUUCAAGAGCUUUAAAACAUUUGCCAGAAGUUUUAAACCUACUUUCUGUGACCCACGUCCCGCCCAGCGGGGUCCAGACGGCUGCUGGCGUUGGGCCAACACUCCUGGCCCUGGGCGUGUGCUCCGUCCCCCGUCGGUGGGCAGGACACUUGUCCUUGGCCACGCGGUGUCAGAAAGCGCAGGGUGUGGGGUGCAGGGCGAGCCCCACCCCGUCUGAGUCAGGGGCUCUGUAAGCUUCCCGCAUGUGCCUUUUCUCAUUGUUAGUUUGAGUUCACUUUGCUGCUAUCUUGUAAGAUGCCUCAUUGAGCGGAUACUUGGUGGUGACGAUUUAAAGGGUCGAAGAACUCCGUCGGCUCCUAAAAGGCGUGACAGUGACAGGCAGAGCUGGGGUCAGGAACUCCUCCCUCUGCUGGUGCAGCACAGAAAUGAAGAGAGAAGUGCUCCCAGGCCAAACCCGGGCGGUGCUCUCUCCUGGGGCCCGGUGUUAACACCCGUCCUGGCGCUGUGCUCUUCUGUUGGUUCGCCACCCACCCAGCCUGUGUCCUGACAGCCCCUCCCUGGGAACACGGUCCCGCCCGAUCCCGCAUUUGAAACUGUUUGUUGUUCUGGUUGGUAAACAUGUUGGCAUAAAUCAUUUCAUACGGGCGCCUCUCUGGUGGUGGCGGUCAGAACGGUGUCGUUCUCGCAGAGUGAAAAAUACGGCUGUUGUCUUCGUCCUUGCCGUGGCGUUGGAAGGAAGCGCCCCGUUUUCUUUCUGUGUUCAUUCUCUCACCACGAAUAUAUCCUACUCAAACGCUUGUUUUGCCUCUUUGUAUGCAAUCUUCCUUGGCUUUACUGUGCAUGGUUUAUUUGGUGAAUAUAUUUUCAUGUGUUAUUACCAGGAGCAGAUUUGAUAAGUACAUGUGAAUAACCUCCUGUAAAUGAAUUUUAUAACAAAAAUGCACUAAACUAUUUUCUAAAAUUA